GAAAAAGAUCAGCCGCGCUCCGCUGCACUGCCCCGAGGAUGGUGGCCGGGUCUCCUGCACUGCUCCUCCUGCUCAGCCUGGGGCUCUGCUUCACCGGUGCCCAAGGACAGGGGAACACGAUGGCAGUCAGUUUCCUCAACAGGAGUAUGAAGCACCCAAAGGAAGGGCAGCGGCUUGGGCUCGAGUGUCAUACAUACAAAACCUCCUGUGGAGUCUCCUGGAUCCGCCUGGACAAGGAUGGCAACCUUCACUUCAUUGUCUACAUUUCCAAGUUUUCCUCAACCACUUUCCCAGGGAACAAGGGAGCAUCUUCACAAUUUGAGGUGUCAAAACAAGGCAGCUCCUAUCGGCUGACAGUGAAGAACUUCAGGGCACAGGACCAGGGGAUCUAUUUCUGCAUUGCCAACAUCAACCAGGUGCUGCACUUCAGCUCUGGACAACGUGCUUUCUUCCCAGUCACAACAACAACAGCAGCACCCACCACACUCAGAGCAGUCACACUCACUGCCACCACCCAGAGCAGCCAGGUCACCAUGAAGGACAUCUCCCAGCACAGCCCGGAUCCAGGAAGAAGCAAGGAGAACAUGCCCAAUUUCUGCUGUAAAUUAGUCAUGUGGGUUAACCUGGCUUGUGCCUGCCUCCUGCUCCUCACUGCCAUAACCAUCACCACCAUGCACUGCCAAAGUAAGUCCCCUGUGAAAGUAAGUACCAGGGAAGAUUCAUUAGCUGCAUUAAUUUCUGCAGCAAGCAGCACUAAUGCUGAAGCAGAGAUUGUUGCAAAACAUCCACAUUUUCUGCUCAAUUUCUGGCUCAGCAUCAUAAUUCAAUGAAAGCAAUGAACAGUAGUGACAGAGAAGCAAAAUGGGGAGGAGUGUCAUGGAGGGAGAUUCAUCCUGAAGAGUUCCAUGCCAGCUUACAGCAAACAACAGUGCCUUUAACAGACUCUGCCUUAAGGCAGAACUCGGUAUUCUUCUUCAUUGUUGACAAAACUCCAUUUCAAAUGCAUGAUUGUGAUUUAAGAGUAAAUUCAGAAACCUUCAUUUAUACUCUGGACUCCUCCUUGCUAAACAGAUCAGACGUUCCCAUGCUAACAGCAGGAAGCAUCAGCAGUGCUGAAAUAAACACAGCCACACGUCACACACGCUCACCACAAGCCCAUCCCUUGCAGGACCAAGCUCACCGUAAGCAAGCAGUGCUGCGUCGCUGCUCAGCAGAAGGCACACAGACGUCCUCCUCAAGCACCGCACGGAGCCCAUCAGCAACACACACAGCUGCCCUGAUGCAGCGCAGGCAUUUGGCUGCUACUGCUCUGCUGCCCACCAGCACUGCACACCUCCCGCGGCCUGACAUGUGCUCCUGCCCCACACUGCUGGGACACACCCAGACCGCGGGGGACAGCGCUGACCCUAAGAAGCCGGGCAGCUCCGUGCCGCUGUGGAAAAGUGCUGUGCGCUGUGCUGGACAGCUGAGCCUUCCAGGAGAUGACCAAUAAACCAAUCAUAUCCAAUA